GGUCAUUUCUUCCUGAAACCUGAGCUGAGAAGGCUCCUGGCAGGCCAGGACCCCCAACUUCUCAGCAUGUUUCUCAAGGAAGGAUUUCGAUUUAUGAGGACGAGGGGAGCUUUGGGUACUCUGAGGACCUGGAGGAGAUUCUUCCUGUGGCUGCUUCUCUUUUCCCUGGGCAUCCUCAGCCUGUUCCGUUACAACUUUGCUUCGAUCAGGGACCUGGAGGUCUUCAUCUCCAUGGGUGUGUGCCCCAAGGCCCGAAUGGCCCUGCUGAGAGACAACUUCACGGGUCCCCUGAGUCUCAGGGCCCGGCCUGAAGUCCUGACCUGCACCUCCUGGGGGGCCCUCAUUCUUUGGGAUGGCACCUUUGACCCAGCCAUAGCCAAGGAAACGGCUGAACGGCAGAACCUGACCAUCGGACUGACUGUCUUUGCUGUGGGCAAGUACCUGGAGAAGUACCUGGCUCGCUUCCUGGAGACUGCCGAGCAGCACUUCAUGGUGGGCCAGCGCGUGGUGUACUACGUGUUCACUGAGCGCCCGCUGGCCGUGCCGCGCGUGGCGCUGGGCCCCGGGCGCCGGCUGCGCGUGGAGCGCGUGGUUCGCGAGCGGCGCUGGCAGGACGUGUCCAUGCAGCGCAUGCGCACGCUGCACAAGGCGCUGGGCGGCCGGCUGGGCCGGGAGGCGGACUUCGUGUUCUGCAUGGACGUGGACCAGCACUUCAACGCCACCUUCGGGCCCGAGGUGCUGGCCGAGUCGGUGGCGCAGCUGCACGCCUGGCACUACCACUGGCCGCGAAGGCUGCUACCCUUCGAGCGCAACCCGCGCUCGGCCGCCGCGCUGGCCCACCACGAGGGCGACUUCUACUACCACGCCGCCGUGUUCGGGGGCAGCGUGGCGGUGCUGCGCGCGCUGACCUGGCACUGCGCGCGGGCCAUGCAGCAGGACCGCGCGCGCGGCCUGGAGGCGCUCUGGCACGACGAGAGCCACCUCAACAGGUACUUCUGGCUGCACAAGCCCGCCAAGGUGCUGUCGCCCGAGUUCUGCUGGAGCCCGGAGCUCGGCCAGCGGACGGAGAUCCACCGCCCGCGCCUGCUCUGGGCGCCCAAGGAGUACGCCAUGGUGCGCACCUCCUAGGGCCCGAGCCCAGGCGGCCCUGGCACCCUCCAGCCCCGGCCGAGCCGCACCCCCAGGGGACACUGGGGCCGGGGAACAGCAGGGAGAGGAGACCCAAAGCCGGUGGGGGGCCCUUUAGAAAGCAGCAUGGCACUUGGGGGCGCAGGAGGGACAGAGCAGAGACUGGAUGGAGAGAGCCCGUGGCCGGCGGGCCGGACAGGGAGGCAGAAGCCCCGGCCUCUGGCAGCUUCUUGGUGCGAGUGAAAGAGCCGCUUCCCCAACUUGGCACGAGAAGGGGCAGCAGAGCCUUGAUCUCAUCCGAGCGCUUCCCCAACCGGUCUGGCGAAAGUCCUCUGAGGCCUCCCAAGCCACGUUCUAAUUUCUUUUUUAAGAUUAUUUUAUCGGGGGCUCAUACAGCUCUUAGAACAAUCCACAAUCAGUUGUA